AUGGUUGUCCCUCCUUCUGUGGAUCCAUCUGGGGCAUCUGCAGUCGCCACACCCUCUGAUCAGGUUGUCUCAUCUGAUCCUGAUCCAAGCUUGGCUCUAUCCAUUAUUCCGGUGUCACCUACUGUCGCUGAGUUGGCUCCUCCUCCGUCGUCGUCCCCUCAAGCGUCUGUGACUGCGUCUGUGGCAGUGACUGAGUCUGCGGCUAGGCUGGUCGAUCCACAAUCUCACUCUGUCAUUGGUAAGCCUUCUAAAUCCUCUUCUGUGUCUUCACCAAAACAUUUUACUCGAUCAUCUGUUGUAUCAUCCUCUCAAGCUCGUGAGUCACCUCCAUUACCAGCCACUAGCCCACCCACCCCAUCCCCUCCUAAGUCGCCUUGUGUGUCUAAGCAGUCAUCACCCAAAUACCCCAAGACACGUUCUGGCAUUGAGUCAAAACCCAACACCUAA